UUCGGCGGAGCAUGCGCGAGGGGCGGGCGCCUGCGCGCAGCCAGCGCGGGGCGACUGCGGGCGGGCGCGGCGCGGCGCAGCGGCCGGGUGGCGGCAGCGCGCUUCCGGGCGGCGGCGGUAGCGGUGCCUGGCCGUGUCCCUCGCUCUCAAAAUGGCGGACGGAGGCGACGGCGGGGCCGCAGCGGGAGCAGCGGGCGGCCGCGUCCCCGCGCAGCCCCAGGAGCGGGCCAUGUGGUGGGACGAAAGAUUUGACUUCCAGACUACAUUUUUACAGUGCUUGGCUAAACAUGUACCAAAUAUCUACUCAGCUGAAAUGGACCCCUUGCUGGAGAAACAAGAAGAAAUGGUCCAGACAACAAUAUUUUACCCUAUGGAAUGUUAUUUGUUUGGGGAAGACCCAGAUAUCUUCCUGGAGAAACUGCAACAGAGUGGAACCUCGCAGCUCUGUGGGAAGGUGUUCAAAGGAGGGGAGACGACGUAUUCUUGCAGAGACUGUGCAGUUGAUCCAACGUGUGUACUCUGCAUGGACUGCUUCCAGAACAGCAUUCACAAGAACCAUCGGUACAAGAUGCAUAGCUCCACUGGAGGAGGAUUUUGUGAUUGUGGGGAUACAGAGGCGUGGAAGACAGGACCUCUGUGUACUAAACAUGAGCACGGAGCAUCAGGGACUGCAAAAGAAAAUUCUGAAUGUCAGUUAAAUGAAGAGGUUAUGGAACACUCUAGGAGGGUGUUUCCCUCUGUGAUAAAAUACAUUGUAGAUAUGCUUAUAUGGGAAGAAGAGAAGGAACUGCCUCUGGAGCUCACAAUCAGUAGAGAGAAGGCAGACAACUACUACUGUGUCCUUUUCAAUGAUGAACACCAUUCUUACGAUCACGUCAUCUACAGCCUGCAAAGGGCACUUGGCUGCGAACUUGGUGAGGCCCAGUUGCAUACUACUGCCAUCGAUAAAGAGGGUCGUAGAGCUGUUAAGGCUGGACAUUAUGCAACUUGUCAGGAAGCAAAGGAGGAAAUCAAGAGGCAUUCCGAAAAUGUUUCUCAACGACCACUUCAUGUGGAGGUUCUGCAUGCUGAUGUUAUGGCUCACCAGAAGUUUGCUUUGCGCCUUGGUUCUUGGCUGAACAAACUCAUGAGCUAUUCAAGUGACUUUCGGCAGAUCUUCUGUCAGAUAUGUCUCAAAGAAGACGCUGGGUCUGAAAAGCCCUGCUUCAUAAGCAAGUUGAUGCUUUGGGAUGCAAAACUUCAUAAAGGAGCAAGAAAGGUUCUUCAUGAGCUUAUCUUCAGUAGUUUCUUCAUGGAAAUGGAGUAUAAAAAACUUUUUGCUGUGGAAUUUGUGAAGUAUUACAAAGCAUUGCAAAAAGAAUACAUCAAUGAUGAUCAUGACAGAGUUCUCUCUGUGACGGCACUCUCUGUUCAGAUGUUCACUGUACCUACUCUGGCCCGCCAUCUUAUUGAAGAGCAAAAGGUAAUCACCACCAUUACAGAGACACUCCUAGAAGUGCUGCCAGAAUACCUAGACAAAAAUGACAAGUUCAACUUCCAAGGUUACAACCAGGAAAAGCUGAACCGGGUAUAUGCAGUAAUAUAUGACCUCAGGUAUGUCUUAAUCAGCAAGCCUACAUUAUGGACAGACCAUCUGAGGGAGCGGUUUUUAGAAGGAUUUGUUUCUUUCCUAAGGAUUCUAACUUGCAUGCAGGGAAUGGAGGAGAUAAAAAGACAGAUUGGUCAGCACAUUGAGGUGGACCCUGACUGGGAAGCAGCCAUUGCUAUACAGAUGCAGCUAAAGAAUAUUCUUUUGAUGUUCCAAGAGUGGUGUGCCUGUGAUGAAGAGCUAUUGCUGAAGGCCUAUAAAGAAUGUCACAAAGCUGUGAUGAGGUGCAGCGCAAAUGGCCGUUCACGGGAAAAGACAGUGUUUCACCUGUGUGGUCAUACUUUGGAGAGCAGACCUUACAGAGUGUCUACAGAUCCUGUCAGCAUACAUUUACCACUGUCUAGGACUCUUGCAGGUCUUCAUGUACGAUUAAGCAAGACUGGAACUAUCUCAAGAUUGCAUGAGUUUGUUUCUCCUGAAGAGUUCCAAGUGGACCUGCUAGUAGAAUAUCCUUUGCGAUGUCUUGUCUUAGUUGCUCAGGUUGCAGCAGAGAUGUGGAGGAGGAAUGGGCUCUCCCUGAUAAGCCAGGUAUUCUAUUACCAAGAUGUUAAAUGCAGAGAAGAGAUGUAUGAUAAAGACAUUAUCAUGCUGCAGAUUGGUGCAUCUCUUAUGGAUCCAAAUCAUUUCCUCUUACUGAUACUGCAGAGAUAUGAGCUUGCUGAUGCUUUCAAGAAGAUGAAGCCCACCAAAGAUCAGGAUUUGAUCAAGCAAUGUAAUGUAUUGAUAGAAGAGAUGCUACAGAUUCUCAUCUAUGUUGUGGGAGAAAGGUAUGUGCCUGGAGUGAGUAAUGUAACAAAGGAAGAUGUUAUCAUGAGAGAAAUCAUCCAUCUGCUAUGUAUUGAACCAAUGGCUCACAGUGCAAUUACUAAGUCCUUGCCUGAAAAUGAGAACAAUGAAACUGGCUUGGAGAACGUAAUUGAUAAAGUGGCUACAUUUAAGAAACCAGGUGUAUCUGGCCAUGGAGUUUAUGAAUUGAAGGAUGAAUGCCUGAAGGAGUUCAAUAUGUUCUUUUAUCACUAUACUAAGACCCAGCACAGCAAGGCUGAGCAUACACAGAAAAAAAGAAGAAAACAGGAAAACAGAGAUGAAGCAUUGCCCCCACCACCUCCUCCAGACUUCAGUCCUGCAUUCAGCAAUGUAGUGAGGCUUCUGAACUGUGAUGUAAUGAUGCAUAUACUGCGGACCAUCCUUCAGAGAGCAGUAGAACUGGAAACCCACUUGUGGACUGAAGCUAUGAUCCAAAUGGUGCUUCAUCUUCUUUCUCUAGGGUUGUUAGAAGAGAAGCAGCAGUUACAGAAGUCUCCAGAGGAAGAAGUAACCUUUGAUUUUUAUCACAAAGCAACAAGAAUGGGAAGCUCAGCCUUGAAUGCUGUGAACAUAUUAAUGCUUCUGGAAAAAUUAAAAAGAGUUCCUCAGUUAGAGGCACAGAAGGACACAGUCAGUUGGAUCCUGCAGAUGUUUAACACAGUGAAAAGAUUAAGAGAAAAAUCUAGUUUGGCAACAACAGUAGCAGCUACAUCAGGCUUGGAGGCUACAAAAGGUGAUGAGAAACAGAGCACUCAGGACAAAGAGAAAGCUGAGCGGAAGAGAAAGGCAGAAGCAGCUAGGUUGCAUCGUCAGAAGAUAAUGGCCCAGAUGUCUGCUCUGCAGAGGAAUUUCAUUGAAACCCACAAGAUCCUGUAUGAAAACACACUGGAGACGCAGGGGAAAGAAGAUGCUAUAAUGGAGGAAGAAAGCAUGUCUUUGGCAAUAGAUUACUCCAAAAUUGCUUUGGGUCCCAAACGAGGUCCAUCUGUUGCUGAGAAAGAAGUUCUGACCUGUAUUCUUUGUCAGGAGGAGCAGGAAGUAAAGCUGGAAAGUGCUGCUAUGGUAUUGUCUGCCUGUGUCCAGAAAUCGACUGCCUUAACACAGAAUAGGAGUAGAAUUCUGGAACUCUCAGGGGAUACACUAGAUCCUCUUUUCAUGCACCCAGACUUGCCAUGUGGAACCCACACAGGAAGCUGCGGUCACGUGAUGCAUGCAGCCUGCUGGCAGAAGUAUUUUGAAGCCAUGCAGCUGAACUUUCGACAACGUCUGCAUGUUGAACAGAUAUUUGACUUGGAGAAUGGAGAGUACCUUUGUCCACUUUGCAAGUCUCUGUGCAAUACUGUGAUUCCUAUUGUUCCAUUGCAGGCUCAAAAAAUAAACAGUGAGGAUGCAGAGGCAGUAGCUCAAAUUCUGUCCCUGGCUAGGUGGCUGGAGAUUGUUAUAGUCAGGAUAUCUGGCUACAGCAUGAAAAAUGCUAAAGGAGAGAAACAAAAUGCUCCAGCUUUCAUCAACAAAGGAGUGGGGAACUCUGCUCUGGAAUUCCAUUCCAUCCUUAGUUUUGGAGUUCAGCCCUCAAUAAAGUACUCAAGCAGUAUCAAGGAGAUGCUUAUUCUCUUUGCCACCACCAUUUAUAGAGUUGGGCUAAAAGUUGCUCCAAAUGAAGCUGAUUACCGGAUUCCUAUGAUGACUUGGAGCACAUGUGCUUUUACCAUCCAGUGCAUAGAAAACCUCUUGGAAACAGAGGGCAAGCCUUUAUUUGGAUCUCUACAAAAUAGACAGCACAGUGGCCUUAAAGCAUUAGUGCAGUUUGCAGCUGCUCAGCGAACUACAUCACCACAGGUCCUGAUUCAGAAACAUCUGAUUCGUCUUCUAGGAGUUCUUCUACCAAACUUUAAAGUUGAAGACACUCCAUCCCUUUUAGAAGUAGAUAUGUUCCACGUUUUGGUGGGAGUUGUUUUAUCAUUUCCAUCUUUAUAUUGGGAGGACACUGUAGACUUGCAACCUUCAUCAAUUAGUUCAGCUUAUAACCACCUCUACCUCUUCCAUCUGACUACGUUGGCACACAUAACACAAAUUGUUCUCUCCUCAGCAACAGAAUCCCCUACUGCUCGAUCACAUGAUAACAGUGAGGAGGCAUGCUCUGCACAGUCUUUCUGUAAAGAAGUUUGCCGGUACACCAGUGGUUGCUUUAGCCAGGAUAUUCCAGGCUGGCUUGUGUGGGAUUGUGUUAAAAAAGGCAUCAUGCCUUACCUUCGUUGUGCUGCUUUAUUUUUUCAUUAUUUGCUGGGAGUGUCUCCACCUGAGGAGCUGCUACAAGUUUCUGAAGAAGGACAAUUCAAGGCUCUUUGUAGUUACCUCUCUCUGCCCACCAAUCUGUUCCUGCUCUUCCAGGAAUAUUGGGACACUGUAAAUCCACUGCUUCAGAGGUGGUGUGCUGACCCGGUGGUCCUAAGUUGUUUGAAAGGGGAAAGCAUUGCAAUAAGGUAUCCUAGGAAGAGAAAUAGUUUAAUAGAGCUUCCUGAAGACUAUAGCUGCCUUCUGAACCAAGCAUCUCAGUUUAGAUGCCCACGGUCUUCUGAUGAUGAACAGAAACAUCCAGUAUUGUGUUUAUUCUGUGGUGCUAUGUUGUGUUCCCAGAAUACUUGCUGUCAGGAAUUAGUGAAUGGGGAGGAGUUGGGAGCCUGUACUUCUCAUGCUCUUCAAUGCGGAGCCGGAGUCUGUAUGUUUCUCAAAAUCAGGGAAUGCAAAGUUGUCCUCAUAGAAGGUAAAACCAGGGGAUGCUUAUAUCCUGCUCCCUACUUGGAUGAAUAUGGAGAAACUGAUCCAGGUCUGAAAAGAGGCAAUCCCCUGCACUUAUGUCGGGAACGUUACCGGAAGCUCCAUCUGCUAUGGCAGCAACACUGCAUCAUAGAGGAGAUUGCCAGGAGCCAAGAAACCAAUCAGAUCUUCUUUGGAUUCAAUUGGCAACUGCUCUGAGUCCCUGAUUUUUGUGAAAUCUCAUGUCAUGGACAGUGCUUUGGAAAGGAAAGAAGGGUGGCAGUAAAUUAUUUACUAUAAAGUGGAUUCUGUAGCUCAGUCACAUGAUUUGAUUCUCUAGCUUGGAUGUUUUACUGAUGUAUUGAAAGAGAAUCUCAUUUCGUAUGUUUCGUCCUUCCUCCCCCAAGGAGAACAACCCCAUAUAAUUCUUAUUGAACAUUCAGAUCCAGAAGUAUUUUUACUUUUUUGAGGUGUUGUAAUUGUUUCACAUGCUUUGAGGAGGACAGCUUCCCAAAUCCUGUCCUUCACUCUAAAUACCAAAUUUCUGUCGCUUCCUUGCCUUGAGAAUAUACCUAAAUGGUAUGGUUAAGGAAAAGCCUCCUGUACUUUCUUUCUGGGUGGUCUUCCCAGGCUUAGUGAAACUUAAAUUGGUCAAGAUUUAUGGCAUAAUACUGGAGUGGAAGUGGUGCUAGGCCUCUAGUAAUCUGUAGCAACAGUUACAAUAGAUGUUUAAGUUCUGCAGAAAAAAACUGCACUCUGCUGUAUCCUGGCAUUUAAUGAAGUGUUUUCAUUAAUUUACACCCUUUAAAGAAGGGGGUUAGAAAGUGCAUGGGGAAACUAUCAUCUUGCUUGUUGCAGCAAAAAAUAAAGCAUACGCUUGUUGCAUUGCCGGAAAUGCACUUUAAUUUGUCCUCUGUUAAUGUUCUACAUCCUAAGAGGUCUAGAACCACUGGUUAGGUUUUGAUUAGUUUUACUACUUUACAGUUUGUCCCUUAAGAUUUUCUCUGAGAGCCAAACAUGAAAGUGGUUGUAGUGUAGCUCUGCAAGUUAUGGAAGACCCAGAGUCUUCAGUAAAAUAAAAGUCUGUCAAAGCUAUCACUGGACUAAAAUCAAGGCCCUGAAAUAGCAGGUUUUAGAAUCAGAAAUAAGCUUGUGUGCCCGUGUUUAAGGGCUUUUCCACUCUUCAUCCUCUGUCAUUGUUGUUUGGAGCCCUGCCUGUGUUUUGGGGGUAAUGUUCAGUGCUUCAGUGCCAAUUAGAACAGAAAGGAAGAAAGGGUGGGGGGAAGGUAGCUAAGUCUGUCUGGGCCCAUCAGUAAACAGCACAUUGUGAUUGGACUCUUUCUUAUUGAUAGGUGAUUGCGCUUCAGUUUUAAAGGUUUGCUCUAUUUUCUGAAUUUCAGCCAUAAAGUACAUUAGGGAACUUGUAACGUGACAGGUAAAAAGACUUUUAUAGGAAAUCCCGUUUCUUUGUGAAAAGCUGAAGUUAGCAGUACUCCAAAUUUCCCUGCACCUUUGCUGUUUGGAUUUUUGUGUCAUUUUAAUAAGGCUUGCAAGGGGAGAUUUUUAAAGUAUAUAACAAAUUAAUGUCUGAGAGCAUGUUUGUGAACACCUCUUCCCCCCCCCCCCCCACCUGUAUGAGUAGAAUCUCAUGGCUGUAUCUAUCUCAGUGGUUUUGGUUUAAAUAUAUUAAUUGUUCUCCUAGUUUCUUAAAAUCUUUAGAGUACAUAUGAAUGCACCAAACAGCAGACAUAACUCAUCGAAAAAUGGAAUACAGGUGGACUCAGAUGUUGUUCUGAUUUCAAAUACUUUUUAUAAUUUUUGCUAUAAUCCUUCCCUGGCGAUAUAAAUAGUUGGCAUUGGUAUAUUUUCCUACUAUUCUGUUUCUUGCAAUUAAGACAGCUCUCCUUAUUUUGAUUCUUUGAGAUUUUAAUCCUGAAUAUAAAACUCUUAAAAGAUAAAUAUUAAUUCUGUUAGUCCUAUCUGAAAUGUAUUUGAAACAUAUACUGAAUUUAGAAAAACAGUUGUCAUGAAAACUCACAGGCAGUGGAAGUUUCUAAGGUCAUCACACUUCUACAAAAACAUUGUAUUAAGACUAACAAAGCUAUGCCUCAUCAAUACCAAAACUGUGGAGUUGAUACCAGUUCACUUACUGUUUUCCCUAUGAUGUUUAACUAUUCAUUUAUCAAAAACUUCCAGUUACCUUGCACUUCACUGAUGCAAAAAUUCCAUUAUCAAGUAUGCAGCGAGAUCACUUUUUUUUGUGUUCAGUCUGAACUGUAUCAUAUGAAGGCAGGAGCUGGUCUGAGUGGAUGAGCUCUUGUUCAGAGCUCUAGAAAUCUCUUGGUAGCUGAAGGAGUGGGAGAGGAAGGGGAAAAGUUGCAUCUCUCUGUAUGUUUGCACAUACUAAUUUAGAAAAUGGGCUCCCAUAUCACCCACUGACUAGAGUAGUCAUCUCUCUUUUCAUUUCAUAAAUUACUAUGCAGUUUUGUUCACUGUGAGUAUAAUCUGCAUUUAGUGAUUGCGAGAUGCUUAUGCCACUGAUUUCCGUUCCAUCCAAGCUGACAGAAGAAGUUAUUUGAUAAUGCACAUACUGGUAUCUUUAAUUGCAAAAAUGUAAAUUUGAAACUUGUAUAAUGUUCUUGUGCUUUUGAGAUAAAAUAUCUUGUAUAUGUAUAUUUAAAAGAGAAAUAAAAUAACUUCUCAUAGAUUA